CUUGUCGCUUCUUGUCACUCUUCUGGAAAGUUAGUCAGCCUCUUUUUCAACUAUUGGCCUCGUGGUCCGUUGAACAAGAUGGCUGAGAAAAAGCAAGAAGGGGAUAUUUCAGAAGAAAACGAUUUACUCAAAAUAACACCGCUUGGAUCUGGCCAAGAAGUUGGUAGAUCAUGUCACAUAUUGGAAUUCAAAGGAAAGAAAGUCAUGCUGGACUGUGGAAUUCACCCAGGGUACACCGGGCUGGAUUCCUUGCCAUUCAUUGAUGAAAUUGACCCAGCUGAGAUAGAUUUACUUCUUAUAAGCCAUUUUCAUUUGGACCAUUGUGGUGGACUGCCAUGGUUUCUAGAAAAGACACAUUUUAAAGGCAGAGUUUUCAUGACUCAUGCAACAAAAGCUAUUUACAGAUGGCUGUUGUCAGAUUACAUCAAAGUUAGUAACAUAUCUGCAGAUCAUAUGUUAUACUCAGAAAAGGAUCUUGAAAAAAGUAUGGAUAAAAUAGAGACAGUUCAUUUUCAUGAGGAGAAGGAAGUAGGUGGUGUAAAAUUCUGGUGUUACAAUGCUGGACAUGUUUUAGGAGCUGCAAUGUUUAUGAUAGAGAUUGCAGGAGUAAAGAUUUUAUAUACUGGAGAUUUUUCAAGACAAGAAGAUAGGCAUUUGAUGGCAGCAGAGAUACCUAGUGUUAGGCCAGAUGUUCUCAUUAUGGAAUCAACUUAUGGAACUCAUGUUCACGAGAACAGGGACGAACGAGAAAAGCGCUUCACAAGUACUGUCCACGAGACAAUCAACCGUGGCGGACGUGUUUUGAUCCCUGUUUUUGCUUUGGGAAGGGCGCAAGAGCUGCUGCUUAUUUUAGAUGAAUAUUGGACCCAACACCCAGAGAUUCACGAUGUUCCAGUUUACUAUGCUUCUUCGUUGGCCAAAAAAUGCAUGGCAGUAUACCAAACCUACAUUGGUGCCAUGAAUGAAAAAAUUCGUAAACAGAUCAAUGUUUCAAAUCCGUUUGUCUUCAAACAUAUUUCAAAUCUAAAAAGUAUUGAUCAGUUCGAUGAUAUCGGACCCUCUGUUGUGAUGGCAAGUCCAGGAAUGAUGCAGAGUGGAUUAUCAAGAGAGCUUUUCGAAACCUGGUGUGCAGAUAGAAAAAAUGGUGUGAUCAUUGCUGGCUACUGCGUCGAAGGAACAUUAGCCAAGGACUUGAUGCGAGAACCAGAAGAAAUUGUUACAAUGUCCGGUCAAAAUCUGCCGCUGAAGAUGCAAGUCAGCUACAUCUCCUUCUCUGCUCACGCCGAUUACGAGCAGUUAAACGAGUUUGUGAAUAUCCUCAAGCCACCGCAUAUUGUCCUUGUCCAUGGGGAACAGAACGAAAUGAGUCGAUUGAAGGCAGCCUUAAUCAGGGACUUUGAUGAAAAGGGGCUGAGUCACAUUCAAGUUUACAAUCCGAAAAAUGUUCAAAGUGUACAGCUGCACUUCAGAGGGGAGAAAAUGGCAAAGGUUAUAGGAAGUUUAGCGUCCGAACAGCCAGCAAAUGGGAAAAGUAUAUCUGGCCUUCUUCUAAAGAGGGGGUUCAAUUAUCAUAUCAUGUCCCCAAAUGAUCUGCAAAAUUACACAGACUUAGCAACAAGCAGCAUAACCCAACGACAGAUUCUCCAUUUCCGCGCACCGUUUAAUAUCGUGUACUACUGCCUUCAAACACUAGCUGGAAAAGUGGAGAAGCUGGAAAUCCAAGGAAAACAGGCAUUUAAAGUCUUUGAUGCGAUUACGAUCUAUCAAGAGAAAGGCAGUGUUAUUAUAGAGUGGCCUUCGAAUCCUGUCAAUGAUAUGUACGCAGACUGCGUUCUGACUGUCAUUUUGCAGGUUGAAGGCAAUCCUCAGUUUGUCCAAGCAAACAGGGAUCGACAUUUUGGCUCAGGCAAUUUCCACGAGAGGCUUAUGAGUUUGUUGGAAGAGAAAUACGGGAAGGAGUUGGUCACUGAAAGUGAUGAUGGGGUCUCGAUUACGAUUUCUGUUGACGGGACAAUAGCAGUUAUCGACUUGGAAACAUUGUCCGUAGAGUGUGCCGAUGAAUCACUGAAUCAUCUAAUCACAACUGCUGUAAACAACUUGAAUCAAGCGAUGACACCAAUCACUUCGUGAUUUGCUAGCACUGGCCGAGAUCCCGCUCUAGUGCUAAUGGCGUAGCCCCAAAACCAAGUAAAACGAGGCUGGUGCUAAUACUACAGCAGCUGGUCGUGUAUCGAUAGGAGGCCAAAAGACUUUUACAGAUUUUGGGACAGUUUAUGUUGACCGCCGCUAGUUUCGGCAAUGAUUGCCAGUAAGCUUCUAUUGCAAGCUAGUGAAAAUCAGUCCAUCAUACGGUGUUUGUAAUUAUGCCUUUAUGUUAUGAAAGCAAGCAGGAUUGGA